AUGCAAAAGACCUUCUCACUCUAUACAAGGCCUAGCCUCGAGUAUUGCUCACACGUUUGGGGUGCUGCCACCCCGACUACAUUAUCCAUGCUCGAUGCUGUCCAGAGGAGGGCGGUCCGACUGAUCGAUGACUCUUCUCUAACAGGCAGUCUCGGGACUCUUUCGCACCAGCGGGCCGUCGGCGAUCUAGCUCUUUUCUAUCGCUACACCAACGGGCUUUGCUCCUCAGAGCUCUCUUCCAUGAUGCCGCCUUUGGCGACCCAUCCUAACCGUGUCGAACUUCGUACAUCCAGAACUGGCCGAUACGACCGCUCCUUUGUCCAGAGGCAGUUCAAAAAUCGUAUUAACAAAAUUUCUUUGGGAUCAUAG